CUUCGGCAAGAAAUUCAUAGACACCCCGGAUCGUUUUCAAGAGGUCGGACACGGCCUUGUCUAGAUUUGCUUGUUUAAUGAGCAACUGAGAAGCAGCUGUCAAGAUUCCCAGCGCAAUCUGGGCAUAGGGGUGGACAUUGGAAAGGGUUGUGACGACUUCAUUGAAAACUUUGAAAGGUUCGAGAUAGGUAUUGGUGAAGUUCUGGAUGUCAGUGAAUGCCGUGUUUGCAUCGUUGAUGAUAUUGGCAGUGCCUUCGCUGAGGUGUGGCAUGGGAGCAAUAUUGUCGAAUGCUUGGGCUGCAUGAUCGAUGUCCUCUCCUACCGCAGGGACAGGUUUUAGUUCUUUUUUCGUUGCUGGUUUGUCCUCCAAUUGAACUGCCAGGGGUUGUCCCGGCUGCUCCUGUGUUCCCUCACCAGCACCGGUACCAACUGCCUCUGCCGCAACAGAACUUGGGGUACUGUUUGACUUACGCAAAAAGCGUCUUAUCCUGGCAAGCGUUCCCCUGGCCGAUGUUUCAGUCGGGGGAAUGGCAUCCCCAGCGGGGGCUUGCGACGAUCGCGGUGACAAGUUAGAUGUGGAAUGGGAUCUCCCAACUCCAAAGAGAUGGCAUUUCUUUGGAUGCAGACGGGCCAUCGAAAAUAAGGAUUUUUGGUAAAUUGAAUGAUAUGUGAGUUCUACUCAAUGUUCCGUUCGACGAGGCUUGAAGAAGAUCGCAAGUAGCUAUUAGGG